AUGCUUUGCAAAGCCAUCCUUGCUAUGGCCAUCAACUUGCAUGCCCUUGCACACACUGAUGGUGACGAAAACGGUUUGCUCCAGCUGCAGAACAAAUCGACGACCUCAAUUGUCGUGGUUUCUGGGUGCAUGAGUAACCCUGAAGACAGUUACUCGGAAGACAUUUGCACGAUUGCCAAGAAGAACUUCAAGACAUACUGCGACUAUCACGGCUAUAAGCUGGUGUUCUACACCCAGUUGCCUCCUGGAUCUGAAGAUCGAGCGCCGCACUGGUCGAAGAUCUUAGCCGUUCGAAACAUUCUUGAGUUCGAGCGCGUGGAUUAUGUUUUUUGGAUGGACAGCGAUUCGCUCUUCGUGAACUACAGCACCAGCUUGAAACACUACUUGCCCCGAGGAAACAGCUACAUGACCUUUAGUGGAGGCGACCUUUGCUUCCUUAAUUCCGGACACAUCAUGUUCAAGAAUGACAAGUGGACGCUGGACUUUUUGAAGGAAGUUUGGAAGACGUAUCCUUCUCCAGAACCGUGGCAAGAUCAAUCGGCCAUGAUCUACGUCAUGCAUAAGUUUUCUGCCAGCCCAGAGGCAAAGGAGAAGGCCACAAAAUGCCGUGACUACAUGGCCAUGAAUAAUGAGGAUCCAGAGGGCUGCUGCAAUUCGAAGCUAGUGACUGGAGUGGACAUUCGCCCGCACACGGAGCUGAAUGCCCUGAACUUUGACAGAGAAGGGCUUUCCAUUGUCCACUAUGCGGGGAGAUCCCCUGAAGACAAGGCCAGACAGAUGGCAGAGACCGCAGGCAAGCUGGUUGAUUUAAGGAUCGGGAGUUUGGUGGAGGUGGAGGGCUCGGCCAAGACGGCCAAGUUGCACGCGUCAGCUUUGCAAGAUUGA